AUGCGUGUGCUGGAGAGCAUGGGCUGGGAGUGCGUCCACGCGCUGGCGCAUAUGCACAGGAUGCCGAGUGUGGUGUUGCUGGGGAUGAUCACCCUGAUGCUGGCAGCUCUGGCUUUGGCUGUCCCGCUUGGAGAAGGGAAGAAGACAGAGAAGCCCAGCGCUGACCUCACCAUCUAUGAGAGCCUUAACUUGGACAGCUACGAUCUCAGCCUGAACAACUAUGGGGACAUCAUUGACUUGAGCAACUAUGAUGAGCUGUACGACUAUGGUGAUCUGGCCCCGAAGAUUGAGGUUGGGACGUUGGCUCCUCCAGCCAAGACCCCCGAAGGCAUGCCAAGCACCAGAGCUGUGCCAACUGCUGCACCAAGGAAACAGCCCCCCAUGCCCACCACAGCAAAGCCUGUCGGGCCAGGGCUGCUCGGGUUCAUAACUGAACAGGGCCUGUCCACCUGCCUGGUGUGUGUGUGCAUCGGCACCUCCGUGUACUGCGAUGACGCUGGCCUGGAGCACAUCCCUGCUCUGCCACUGGAGACCAUGUACCUCUAUGCCCGCUUCAACAGCAUCGGCCAGAUCAGAGCCAGGGAUUUUGCUGGGCUGAAGAAGCUGAAGAGAAUCGACCUGACAAGUAACUACAUCUCCUCGGUGGAGGAGGGCUCCUUCCGCCAGCUGACCAGCCUGCAGGAGCUCAUCCUCCCUGAGAACAGGCUGACAGCGCUGCCUGACCUGCCCAGCAGUAUCAUCCGGCUGGACGCCCGGUUCAACAGGAUCCAGAGCUCCGGGCUCAGGCCUGAAGCCUUCAGGGAGCUGAAGAAGCUGCAGUUCCUCCACUUGUCUGACAAUGAGCUGGACUAUAUCCCAGCACCCCUGCCUGAGAGCCUGCGAUCCCUGCACCUCCAGAAUAACAACAUCCAGACCAUGCACCAGGACACGUUCUGUGACAGCCAGGACCUCACCCACAUCCGCCGGGCGCUGGAGGACAUCCGCUUGGACGGCAACCCCAUCAACCUGAGCCUCUUUCCCAGUGCCUACUUCUGCCUGCCUCGCCUCCCCACGGGCCGCUUCUACUGAGCCCAUUUAGCAUUUCCCUUCAGCUUGAGGAACCUCUGAGCAGGCUGGCCUGGCCCCUUCGGAUAACAGCUCCACCCCACAGGCACCACUGCCAGGCUGUCCUGUUAGCUCACUUACCAUUUCCCUUCUCUUCCAUUCCCCUUAAUCCCCUGGUGUGGGCUGGCACUCGGGUGGGACAUUAGCAUGUGGCACUCCAUUUCCCGCUACCACAUCCACCCGUGCCCAUGCACCUCAGUCACCAUCAGCAUCCUCCCCCAUCCAACUCUGCUAAUCCAGUCCUAGAUCAAAUGGAUGUCAGUCUCUCCAUGUGAUCCUAGCAAUGACUUGAAGCCUCCAGUGUUGCCAGAGUCUUCUCAAAGCCACGUUCAGCUGAGCCACGCACAUGGAGGAGGAUUUCAGCUAGAGAGGGGAGAAAGGAGCAAAGCUUGGGUCUGGUUCUGGGUUAGGCCUUCCUUUAAUUCCAGUGUAUUUAAAUAUGUGGUGUCAUCACUAACCUUUGAAAGCUGAAGAGAGCUGGCCAGUUGUGCAGUAUUUUAAAUAUAGCUUCUUCAUCAUCCGUAUCUUUAUACACAUGCCAUAAACAUGCCCGCCAUGAGGGAUGAGACACUCAUGGGGAAUCCAAAACACUGAACUGAAAUCCCCCAGCUCAGCCCACAUCCUCCUGGUCCGCGGAGGCAAGAGAAUGAGUCAGAAUCUCCCAGGAAGGUCUUGCUUUUCCCAUAGGGCUUCACUGCAGAAAUACAUUAGCCCCCAUUACUGCAACCUUCCCUGUUGGCAUGUCUAGAGCAGGCAAUGUGCUGUUUCCUGAGGCACAGACAGAAGUAUCUGAGCUUGAUGCAUGAGUCUGCAGCGGCUUCUUAGAUUGCCUCUUAUCAGAUGCACACUUAUCUGAUGCCUGUGCAGUGAUCCUAAUUUGCGCCUAGAAGUGACAGGUACAUAACACUGGAGCUGAAUGGCAGUGUAAAUCCCCCUCAGUUCUUAUGAUGCUGGAUCCAAACUAAGGCUCUUUUGCUUUAACACGACAAGGAUUUAGGUGGCUGGAUAGAAGGGGAAUUUGAAGAAGUAAUUUGGAGGGACAGUUGUUGUCUCUCUUAUUCUCUAAGAUACUAGGGCUUGCUAGUGCUGCUCUUGCAAUCCUUUGAAAACCUGCUUCAUAGUCUUCUACCUCCCUCCUUACCUGUCGUCUUUGAGAUCCAUCGCCAUCAUCAAACCAGUGCCGUCUUUGAGGGUCUUGCGUCUGCUUUUAUCGGGGUGAAAACAGUUGCCAGUUCAGCUCGGAUUCAGCAAGAUGGAAUCCUCCGACUUCGCCUCGCUGCCUUCCUCCGCCCUUCGCUUUCAUCCCACUAGAGGGCAAAAUCGAACAAACCUUCCCAACCCAACCGGCUUAAUCUCUGCUGCUGAUCUCCCGUCUGCUGUUGUUUUAUCACUUAAAAGGAUUGUCUAAAUAAAUGAGAUUCGUGAGCAGC